CUUGCUGCUGAGCCGGCACCCAGAACAGAACGGACGGGACGGGACGGCGUGAGGGAACGCAGCCCCCGAGAUGAGAUUUUGGCAGGGAAGGUGUUGCUGUGAGAGGAGGAUUUUGUGAGUUGUGAGUGGAUUCACAAGUGUAUGAGGUGUGUCAGAGAUGCUGGGUGGAGAUCUGGUGGCGGUGUGGGAGGUGGCGCUGAGCGACGGCGUGUUCAGGAUUGAGUUCGCUCAUGGCACCACGACGGGCAAACGAGUCGUUUGUGUCAAUGGACAGGAAGUCAUUAGGAAAGACUGGAUGUUCAAGCUGGUUGGGAAGGAAACCUUCACGGUGGGAAGCACGCAGACGAAAGCCACCAUAAACAUCGAGGCCCUCACCGGCUUCGCCUACGAAUACACCCUGGAGGUCGGCGGCAAGAGCCUGGAGAAGUUCAUCCACGACCGGGCCAAGAUGUCCAAGACGUGGCUGCUCAGGGUGGACGGGGACGACUGCAGGAUCGUGCUCGAAAAAGACACAAUGGAUGUGUGGUGUAACGGACAGAAGUUGGACGUGAUGGGAGAGUUUGUAGACGACGGCACAGAGACACACUUCACGCUGGGGGAACACGAGUGCUGCAUCAAGGCCAUAAGCAGCGGGAAGAAAAACCGCGGCAUCAUGCACGUCUUACUGGUCGAUGGAGAGAACAUCCCGGGGGUGGGACCGUGACACUGGACCCGGCUGCUGCAGCACCACCGGACUGACCGAUCCACUUUCAGAGAGAUUACAUGAAGGCAACUAUCUGUGAACUGUUUGUGCAGAUACCAUGAGAGCAAUGAUCUGACUGUGCUUCUUCAUGGGGGAUCAAUACACUUGAAUUGUUUACAUGCAGUGUAGUGAAAACAGCAUCAUGUGUGCAAAUAUAGCAAAUAAACAUUAAUAUGCAGCAGUAA